AUGGACGUUCCACCGCACCGCCCCGAGCUCAUCGAGAAGACACCCGAGUACCUCGAGACCAUCACGAGCCUCGCGCACCCAGAGCGCGUGCUCAACAAGAGGGGGUACCUAACCGUGCAGCUGACGAGCUACGAUCUCGAGUGCAAGAAGCGAUGCUCGCACUGUUCUAAAGUUCUCAAGAAAAAGACCAAGAUACGCAGGAGCUGGAGCUGGGAAAUGAGGCAUGGUGAGGAUGCCUCUUCUGGCGGGGUGUCGUUGGACAGCAAGGCCAAGGACCUUUGCAGGUAUCACACCGGAGCGGUGCGAGCCAAGCACUGGACGUGCUGUGGUGGUUUCGUUGCCGUACCAGGCUGCGUCGAGGCUGCGCAGCACAUGCCUCGCGUCUACGCGCACAACGAGCUGGAGCUCGAUUGGCAGCUUCACCCCACGCCUUGCCCAUCGCCUACCACACAGGGCCACCGUCGUGGCGGUAGAUUCACCGCGAUCAAGCCCGUCGACGCUGUGGCCAUUGAUUGUGAAAUGGGUACGUCCGAGCACGGCGACUCGGAGCUCAUCCGGCUGACGGUUAUCGACUACUUCACCGGCCAGGUGCUGCUGGACAAGCUCGUGUGGCCCGACUGCCGCAUGCAGCACUUCAACACCCGGUUCUCCGGCAUCACGCGCCAGAUGAUGAACGACGCGCGGCGGCGGCGCACCUGUCUGUUUGGCAGGACGAGUGCGCGGGCGGAGAUGUGGAAGUUUAUCGGGCCGGACACGGUCGUGGUAGGCCAUGGGUCGAACAAUGAUUUCACCUCCCUUCGCUGGAUCCAUCCACGCAUCGUGGACACGUUUCUGAUCGAGGAGUCGUUCGCCAGACUGGAGAGGGCCAAGUUUGAGGCCGCCAGGGCGGAGAUGAAGGAGGAGAGGGCGGCCCUGAUGGAACGUGGCGAACCAUGGGACCAUCUGGAGCAGCCGCCCGAGGUUCAGGGAUCGUCGCUCAAGGCACUGGCGGAUACGCGCCUCCAGCGCAAGAUCCAGAGGGCGGGGCGGGGCCACGACAGUUUGGAGGAUGCCUUGGCUUGCAGGGACCUUCUGCACUGGCAUGUUGUGAACCGUCUGGAUCGGGAGUCCAAGCCGGACCCUUUCCAGUUGGCGAUUGACGAACUUGCUAUUGCCUAG